AUUCAGUUUACACCUCUUCAUUCAAAUUCUCCUCUCUUUCUCUAACACAAAUCCCACUUUACACCAAACCCCUUCUCUCUUUCUUCCUUCUAUAUAAAUAUAUAGAUAAACUUCUCUUUUUCAUGUGCAAUUCUAGCAAAAUCAAAUUAUAAUCUUUAUAAUUUGAUUAGAUAGAUGAUGAAUAGGUUUGAUAAUUCAUCUUUGAAAAGGAGAUCGCCAUCUUCAUGGCAAGAGAGAAGACCAGGUGUUCCAAAUAUGAACAACACCACCACAACGCUUUUUGGAGCUUCAACUCCUCCUUCUUUUCCUGGUCUUGCUGAUGAUGAUCUUGUGGCCACUGUUGUUCCUCCUGUUACUGUGGUUCUCGAGGGCCGUUCGAUCUGCCAACGCAUCAGCCUCCACAAGCAUGCAAGCUACCAGAGUCUAGCCAAGGCCCUCCGGCAAAUGUUCGUCGACGGCGGCGACGUUGCGGGAAUUUCCGAGCAUGAUCUUGAUCUCUCUAAUGCCGUUCCUGGUCACCUCAUUGCUUAUGAAGACAUGGAAAAUGAUCUCCUCCUUGCGGGCGACCUUAACUGGAAGGAUUUUGUACGGGUUGCAAAGAGAAUCAGGAUACUGCCGGUAAAGGGAAAUUCUAGGCAGGGAGGAAGAGAAAGAGAAAAAGAGGCAUAGCUUAAUUAAGCUUGCCAUAAAAUUUAAUUUAAUUGGCAUUUUGAUGAGUUGGUGGCUUAUAAUGAAGAUACCAAAUUGAUGAAUCCAAACCUAAACAUCUGUUCUGGGAAAAUAUAAUAUGAGAUCGAUGUAAUGUACUAUUAGUUUAGACAUUUGCAUGUGUAGAGUUCCCUUCUUUCCUUGUAUGAAUAAAAUACUUUUUCCCUUAUUAAUUAUUUUAUUAACUAAUUUUAGUAUGA